AUGGCCAGCGACAUGAUGUUGACAGCGCCAUCAAACACGCUGCACAGCAAAGACAACGGCUCUGACGCCCUCGCACAUUCAACCCGCACUCGAGCGCGAGACGUGGUCGUGGGUUACACUGGCGCCUUCUCCAACGAGGACACGUGGGGUUCGCGCCUCGCACUGAGUGCCGAGCAGGACGGUUUCAGCAACCGGCGAAGAGGCAGCAAGCAGCUGUGGAAGACAACGAGCCGCGCUCUCCGGCCGGCCUCUGCGACCGCUCCAGAAGCGGAGGACGACGUCGCUGGCGAGGACGACGUCGACGAUGCUGGGGAUGCCGUAUCUGACAUUGAUGAUGAGACAGGAGCAUUUGACGUCGACGAUAUCGUCACCGCUGAGCUCCCAGAGGAUAACGGGGAUGACGCUGUGAUGGAUAUGUUGAGCGCCGGGCCGCCUGUGAGCCGGAAUGCGGGCAACUCUCUUGAUACUCUUCUGGAGGCCCUGACAGUAUCGCGAGCCACCUUUGUCGAUGCGUUUGCGACAACUAAUAUGGCCUACCCAGCGCAAGCCCGUCAGCACGCCACAAUCCCAGACCAGCGAGAUGCGAAGUUCGUGUGUCCUAUAGAUGGAUGCAGCAAGGAGUUCAACGUUUCUAUUGGUAGGGAUUGCUUUAGACCACGGAGCUACUUGAAGCACCUUGACGACCACGGCAUCAAGAACAAGACUGAACGCGACGCCCUGAUGCCAGAAUGGGCACGCAGUCCCUGCUUCUUUCCUUGUUGCCGCUCAGAGGAGUGCUUUCCGCAGACGAGGGGGGAAGGAUAG